GCAUGGGUGGCGAUAUUUUCCCCGAUUCGAGGAUGUGACGUUAAAUGUGUCGGACCUCUCAGGAAAUGUGUUGUGUCUUCAUUUUAAAAUCCAAGGUACACGGGAGAUGAAGGUUAAAAUCAAGCAGUGGAACGGCGUGGCAUCCUGGCUGUGGAUGGCCAAUGAUGAGAACUGUGGGAUCUGCAGAAUGUCUUUUAAUGGCUGUUGCCCAGAUUGUAAGGUUCCUGGAGAUGACUGCCCAUUGGUCUGGGGCCAGUGCUCCCACUGCUUCCACAUGCACUGCAUCCUCAAAUGGCUCAACUCCCAGCAGGUCCAGCAGCAGUGCCCCAUGUGUCGCCAGGAGUGGAAGUUCAAAGAAUGAGCUCAUCCGGAGAACGUCACUUGAAUGCCUUUCAAAUACUGAAACUGAUGCGUCACAGAGGAUUGUAGGGUUUCGGAAUACAUAUGCUUCUCUUUUUUGUUGUACAUUUACAGAUACUUUGUUUUUCUCUGAGGCUGUCAAAGUUUGUUUUCUAUGGAGGGGGGUGUGAAUAAAUGUGAUUAGGAUUUAAGCUUGA